GAUGGGCCAAACCGCACAGAGCACUGCGGAAGAAGCACCAGGAAAGCCGGCACCGACACCAUCACCAGGAGCCACGGCAACAAUGGCCAUUUCCAUGAAGUCGAUGAAUCUAACGGUCGGAGAGAAGACAGAGGAGUCGGACAUUCAGGUCACGGGCGAGUACCUGACCAACUACCUCAAGGAGAUGGAUGGCGACGACUCGCAGUUCAAGGACAUCAAUGCCGCAGUCGUCCCACUUUCUACGGGCACGAGCCCCCCGCGGCUCCAACCUGCUGAGUCCAUCCUCAAAGCUGAGGAGCAGAACAACACUGGCGAAGGUGCCAUGCAAGGCAGUCGUCCUGGCACCUCGACCACGACCCCGGGCAAGCAGCGCCCCAAACUGGACACCAACUUCUGCGUGUCCAGGUGCAAGCCUAUCUGGCUGCCAAUCAAGGCACAUCGCUUUGCGGCGUACCGUGCCAAGGUGCUUCAGCUUCUGCCGCAGCGCGUUCUGCAGCAGUACAUCGACUUCGAGAAGCAGGGGCAGUACUCCGCUUGCAUCAAGCUCCUGGAAUCUGCAACUCCCGGGAGCCUGAACGUGCUCAGCCCGGCCACGAUGGUCAGUGGCAAGCCGUUGCUGGUGGAGACGGUGCUGCAACUGAUAGUGGGCUACUCGGGGCUGUGCCUCAAGAAUCAGCAAGGGAGCGUGGCGGUGAAGCUCAUCACCCAGGUCCUGGACAACAUGAGCCUGUCACUCCGGGAUCUGCACCCGGGUCAUCGCACGGUCCUGGAGGCCUAUCUUUUCGACACUGCUUUGAGUGUGUGUUACUACAUGCCCAACGAUGUGACGUUGGCGGACCGGUCGCAGUCCUUCUUCCAGCAGGCAUCUGAAAGAUACCUGCGGCUGGGCCAUGUCAACAGGUACUGCAAGUGCUGCCUCAGGGCUGCGGCAGUUCUGCAUUUGCAGGGCAGCAAGUCGGAGGCCGAGUACUACACACAGCAGGCUUUGAACAAGCUCAGUGAUGCACCAGUCUCGUCGUUGCUGGCUAUCUGCUACCACAAUCUCGCUGUCCACACUGUGGUGCAGCAGCGGGUCGCGGAUGCCGUCGCACAUGUCAGGUCCUACGUUGCGCUCUUGCGGCAACUGCCAAAGCUUGGCAACUCCUGGAUGCAGCUCCUGGACAACACCCAGUGGCUCAUCCUAAAGGCGCAGGAGCUCUGGCCACAGCAUCAGCAGCAGAAUGGUAUCCGGGACUCCCAGCUGAUCUCCAUGCGAGGAUGA